CCUUCUUCAAAGUUGUUGCGAAUUCCAGUCGGGACAUUUAUCGACCUUCCCCUGGAACUACUUGACCGUAUUCGCACAGUACGCCUAUACCAGUCUCUCUGGAAACUAGGUCCCAAAAGCUUGGAUCGAAAACCGGCCGCUCGUUCAUCCCGACACCAUGUCAACACCACUGCAAUCCCGACCUUCGGUCGUCAACUCAACGACGACGACAAGCACGGCGACAGCAGCGACAUCGGCGAACCCCGUACACCUGCAACUCCUCAAGGCGUCCGACUUUCUGGUGAAGCGCGGCUACCCGCCCCUCACGGAUGUUUUGGUGCAGCCGGGUUUGUCGCCGUAUCCCGCCGCGGCGCUUUCUGCUCUGUGCGUCGGAUCAGCCUUCAAAGCGUUAGGAAAAGGCCGCGGGUGGCCAGGAUACACCAUCCUGCUAGGAUUCGGGGCCAUCUUUGGCGGGUCCAGCUAUAUCCUUCUUCAUGAUGUCGACAAUGGGUCUUCAACGGCGACAGCCUGGGGUGUCGUCUACACAUCCCUCUUUCUGCGGUCGAGUCUAGCUUCCAGGCGUGUAGGGCCCAUCGGCUUGCUGGCGUGUGUGAUGGGAACUACGGGAAUGUAUGGCGCGGAGGCAUGGGAUUCCCAUUUUGGGUGAUGCAAGGGGCGUGAAAGCGGUUCGAUUUUCACUAUUGUAUAUAUAUCAACCCAUUCCAUAGAUUGUAGACUAAUCACGACCAGCUGCACACGCUAAACGG